AGGGAAGGGGCGAGAAGAGCGUGGCAGGGAGCCGAGCCGAGCCGAGCGUCCCCCAGGCGGUGAAGCCGGACAGAGCCGGGGCUGGGAGGCCGGCCGGCCGGCGAGGGAGGCGUCGUCGGCGUCUCGGCCGCCCUCCAGGGGGGUCCCCUCCGCUUGGCCUCGGCUGAACCCCUCGGCAGUCCCCGCGGGUGCCAGCAGGGGCCGGGCCGGCUGGGCCGGGCCUCGGUGGGGCGGCGACCGGCGCUCCUCCUCCUCCGCCUCCUGCUCCCGAGGGGGGUUGCGCUGCUUCGGCGUCGGGAAAUUCCUCCUCUCGCUCGCCUCUCUCCCCUCGCCGAGGCCGAACGGGCGACCCGCGACCAUGAUGUCGGGCCAGUCGAUCACCGACCGGAUCACGGCGGCGCAGCACAGUGUCACCGGCUCGGCCAUCGCCAAAGCCGUCUGCAAGGCCACCACCCACGAAGUCAUGGGCCCCAAGAAGAAGCACCUCGACUAUCUCAUUCAGUGCACAAAUGAGAUGAAUGUGAAUAUUCCACAGUUGGCAGACACCCUUUUUGAGAGGACGGCCAACAGUAGCUGGGUUGUAGUGUUCAAAGCUCUAAUUACAACACACCACCUCAUGAUGUAUGGAAAUGAGCGCUUUAUCCAGUACUUAGCAUCUCGAAAUACACUGUUUAAUCUAAACAACUAUUUGGAUAAAAGUGCCAUGCAGGGCUAUGAUAUGUCUACCUUCAUCAGACGAUACAGCAGAUACUUGAAUGAAAAAGCACUUUCUUACAGACUUGUAGCAGUUGACUUCACCAAAAUGAAACGAGGGAUUGAUGGCGUAAUGAGAACAAUGAAUACUGAAAAACUUCUGAAAACCCUUCCAAUUAUUCAGAAUCAACUUGAUGCACUUCUUGAUUUUGAUGCAAACCCAAAUGAACUAACAAAUGGUGUAAUAAAUGCUGCCUUCAUGCUCCUCUUUAAGGAUUCCAUUAGGCUGUUUGCUGCCUACAAUGAGGGGAUUAUUAACCUGUUAGAAAAGUAUUUUGAUAUGAAGAAGAACCAGUGCAAAGAAGGUCUGGAUAUUUACAAAAAAUUCUUAGCCAGAAUGACCAAAUUGUCAGAAUUCCUCAAAGUGGCAGAGCAAGUUGGAAUUGAUCAGGGUGACAUUCCAGAUCUUACUCAGGCUCCCAGUAGUCUGCUUGAAGCGUUGGAGCAGCACCUGGCUUCUCUGGAAGGAAAGAAGACAAAGGAGGUUUCGGCUGCUAGCAGAGCAAGCACGCUGUCUAGUGCUGUUUCUACACUUGCCAAUACUGGAAUGUCCUUCAGCAGAAUGGAUGAGAGAGAGAAACAGCAGGCGCUGGAGGAAGAGCAAGCUCGACUGCAAGCGCUGAAGGAACAACGGCUGAGAGAGAUUUCUGUGGUCUCAAAUUCUACGUCUACAUCUGCCUCUCCAAGCACUUUAUCAGGGAAGAGUGUGAAUACCAAUGCUGCUGUUGACCUCUUUGCAACACCUGCACCAACCACCAAUAGCAUGCCCAACCUUUCUACUGAUCUCUUUGACCUUCAACCUGCAUUUGUUCCGACUGUACAGAGUACUCCAGCCAUAGCGACUUCGGCAAGCAGUGCCUGGGGAGGACCUUUCUCGUCCACAAAUGGUUGUGUUGGGUCUCCCCCCCACCUGGACCUCUUUGAUAUGAAGCCUGUUGAAGAAGCUGUAAAAAGUACCACCCCUUUUGUGACAUCCACCUUAAACUCCAAACAAACAGUGGAACUGUUUAGUGGAUAUCCUCUUCAUUCAGCAUCCCAAAAAACUGCCUCUUCAACAAUCAAUGUGGACUUUGAUGCUGUGUUUGGUGGAAAGUCAGCAGUACAUGAGUUCAGAACAGCAACGGAUGAAGUAUUACAACCAAGUGUACCAACACAAAGUCAAAGGGGAACUUUAGUUGGUCAACAAAGUGGAAAGAUUUUGGCCAAUGACCUUGAUUCUUCACUUGCCAAUCUAGUAGGAAAUCUUGGCUUUGGAGGAACGCCAUCCAAAAAAUCUGACAUGCAGUGGAGUCAGCCUACAGAGAAGAGACUUACUGGUGGAACCAACUGGCAAGCAAAAACGAGCACCUCAACCACAUGGAACCCAGUCCCUGCUCCCCCUGCUCCACAGAUGGUACCUGCUCCUGUAACCUACCCAGUGAAUACACCUCAAGUGCCUGCGUAUGGAAUGGUACCUACUCAGAUUGGAGCUACUCCUAUUAUGGCACCGCAGCCGAUGAUUUAUACCCAGACAGGUCUAAGACCAACCAAUCCCUUUGCACCUAUCUCUGGAACACAGAUACAGUUUAUGUAGACCCGCCAAAGCAGCAAGACACUUUGUCAACCAAAUAUUGGUAGAAAGAAGACAGAACUUUAAACUGCAGUCUUCACCAGGGCACAUACCUGCUCCCCAUACAAUAUAAAUUACAUGGAAUUGCUGUGCUGUAGAGAUUCUUCUUAUAACAGUCGCUAUGGUAUGAAAUCAUGUUUGGUUUUGAACUGCACAAGACUGUUUUCAGUGGAAAACUGAAGUAUUUUGAAGCUGAAGGUCAGCAAAGUGUAAAAAAAAGUCCUGACUUUCCCUUAUUGAAGAGGAGAAGUUUACUUAGGAUUCCUUUGCAGCCUUUUUCAUUCAGCAAGUAGAUAGCUCAUAGUAAGCUUAAAGGAGGGUGUAAUGCUUCUUAUUUAUUUAUUUUUCUCCCUGAACUCUAUUGCUGAUGUAAUCAUGACACCACUUAAAUGAAGUUGAGCAAUAAAUCUUUCAGAUACUCGAGCAGUACCUGAUACAAUAACUACUCUUGCAUUAUCAUAGAUGCCAAUAUCCUACGAAAUCUGAACUGCUUUCCCCUCCCCUCAUACUAGGCAAGCUUCUUCUAAUUCACAAGUUGUACUGUGAGUUUUCAAUGCUGUGAAUCUACUUAACUAGAUGUAGGCUGCUGGCAGGAAACUAGUCCCCCGACAUGGCAAGAGAGUCUUCUCAGGCCAAGUGACAGAGCUACUUGGUGUCUGACUCUGCUCUGAGGACAGUCAUACAUUUCAAAGCGAGUGCAGGGCCAGUGUGGAUGGCAUUUAGCUGCAUUUCCUCACACUGCCUGUCUGUACAGAUAGCAGGAUCAUUCCUGACUCUAGCAAGAGAUGCCUCGUGUUCCAGAAAAAGUCCACAUGCAGCCAGCCACAGUGAGUUUGGCGAGCUUGCUGCCCAUCACUUAAGAUGUACGAUAUCAGCAUUUUCUUUGUUCGUAGUUUCUCAGUUACAGUGCUGCACUUUAAGAACUGGAAAACAUAUUCCUGAAAUCUUCCCCCCCUUUGUGCAUAGCGUAAGGUCCUUGUUAUGGAACAAAAGGAAAAAAAGCCCAUUCACUACAUAAAAGGAACUUAGCAAGGGUCUGGGUGCAUAUGUAAAUAUUUAUAAAUCUUUAAAAUACAAAAUUUCACAGCUGCAGACUCCCCCCCCCCAUUGUAACAUGUAUAAAAUGCAAAUAUGAGACUGCUUAAGAAAUUUAGCUCAUUUUUUCCUUUAAACUCAAACUCUUCUCCUUGAAGACGCACACCGUCUUUUUGCAAUAUAGGAGAGCGCACAGUAGAUGGAGCUGAUGCAGCAGGACAGUCCGUGAUUUUCAAAACCCCCAAAUUUAAUACAAGGAUUAUUUAAAUUACACUGUCGUUUGACACAUGCAGUUCAGGACACACACAGAGGGAGGACUGAAAGAAAUGGAGAAAGCGUUGAGCUUUCAGUGGAAGCAAGGUCCCGCGUCUUACCAAAACCCACUUCUUUCCCCUUCAUAUCCCCGUAAUGAUUUAUUUUCUGAUCUUGAAACUCACUGUAGUCCCAAUGACAGCAAGAAGGUCCUGCAUCGAUGCCAACGUGGCUGUCUUCCUGAAGCUGGAUGCUUUCAUCAGUAAAAAUAUCCUCUUUUGAAAUGUAGUGCUUAUGUUUGAUUUUCCAAAUGUUUGCCAAGGUACAGCCCAUGCACUUUGGAAAUGGGCUCAUAGCAGUAAAAAGUACUUUGUGAAUCGGGCUGUGUCAAAUUCAAAAAAAUAAUUAUUUUCUCUCAAAGUGUCUUUUUGUGUUUGUUGAUAUUGUGCCAAGAAUGUAAAAAAAAAAAAUGCUUGCUUCAAAAGGAUAUACUUGUUUUGUCAAACUAAACAUGAUUUUUUAAAAAGAAUCAUUUUUUACAUAUGUGUUUGGAAUUUGUAACCACUAACUUUGUAUGAAUUAAAUGUUGCAAGUGGAAAAAACGUUUUAGACCAAAAUCUUGGACAUGUACUGGCAAAGACAUAAACUGGAUGCAUGUAUAGUAAUUAAAUGUGGAAAAGUGAAUUUUAAAGGGCUUAUGGCUUUAAAUGUAUUCUUCAGGUUUGUCCCAAACCAAUAUCUAUUGCAGCCCUUACAAGCUGGAGCAACUGAUUUACAGGCCUUGUUUUAGUGGAUAUUUAGUCAAUUAAUUCAACUAAUCCUCAUUUAAGAUUAUAUAAUCUCUCUUCCAACCAACUUUCAGUCUUUGAUCCAGUUUAAACCAGUACAUGUGUUAAAUAACAUGCAUUUUAUUAUAACCAACUAGAAGUGUUUGUUCUUGGAAACUGUGACCAUGUGACAUUUGGGACUGUAAAAUAAGCAGAGUUUGUUUAACCCCCUGAGAUCAGUUUCUAGUCAUACUCUUUAAUUACACUUAAUUUAUUCUGUUUGCUGGCUGCAGCCCUACUGUGGGGAAUUGCAUGGGAAAGCCACCUUCGAAGGAGAGCAGCUUUGACUCUUCAAAUGAAAUUUCUUUUAUUUAUAUUAUUAAUACAAUGUUAUCCUCAAUUAUGUAAUUUUGUAAAAUCAAAUCCAAUGCAUAUUAAUCAUAAUGCUUCACAUCUAAGUAAUGCAUAUACCCUCCUCUUUUAAUAUAUUUUAAUAUGUGAAUAUCUAGAUAUGAAGACCAUUUUUUCUAUAUAAUUUCUUGGUGACCUGCACUAAUAAUGCUCAGAUUUCUGGAGAAUUUCUAAAUCUGCCUUUCUUUCAAAUCAUUUCACUGUGUAAUGGCUUACACAUUAAAGAGUGAUCUGUUUCCAUAGCAUACAAGUAACACUUGCUCCGUGAUCUCCUAAUGCAAAUUGCUGAAGGUGUAAGUUGUUUUUUAAAUGGCCAUAAAAGUGUCCAGUAGACCUUAUGAAUGACCUCAAUAUUCUAUUGUGGAAGAAUAGAGUAGCUUCCAUAUUCCAUUCUAAACUUAGUAGGUUUAAAUUUGGAGCUCGAAUCUCCUAACCAAGGAGUUAGAUUGUUUAACAUAUGGACAUUCUCUAAGCAAUAUUUGGUUUAUUCAGUUUAACAGUGACACUUGGUCCAAUGAUAUAGGUCAGUAGGUGCACCAACUGUAAAUAUUACCAUUGAAACUCUGGAGCAAAUACGUAUCUAGCCUGUAAUUCUCUAUGUGAUAUUUAACAGUCUUGCUCCUUUCUCAGAUACAGAGAGUGGAGAAAGCUCCAGUUUUUACAGCCACCUGUUGAAUCCCAGAGAACUGUCUCAAUUGUUCUCAGCCCUGUGCCCCCAACUAUUUAGAUGGGCACAAUGGGGAAUAGCAUUGUGAGGCUAGAGGAGACAGGAUCGUGGCAGAGCAGCAUCUAAUAGUGGCUGGUAGGACCCUCCGUCAGAAUGGGGCCAGGAACUGUGUCAGCAGAGCAAUUUGACUUAUAAGUAUGGAGCCAGCUUGUCUCCCUAGAGGUGGACGUAGCAUGCAGUUCCUGGAUGCAGGAAUGCAGCAACCGUUUUUAUAGCUGACCCAGCAGAUAGAUAGAUAGUCACUGUUAACUUUAUUGGAAAUGCAUUUGGAGUGGCUGCGGCUGGAAUUAUGUGUGUAUUGUUCUUGCCGAAAAUGAAUGAGUACAAGUCACUGUGCUCCAUUCAACUUCCAGUUGGCUAAAGGUUGUUUACAGUGAUGUUAGUGGAUAUUGUUGAACUGUUGGGAGAUGUUAGAGAGAAAGAAAUAUACAUAUGUAAGUAUGUAUCUCUAAGAUAAAAAGCCAAUAAGAUAUACAUUAUACAUACUUGACAGUUCCUCCCUUCCUGUUCUUUGGGUGUGGAUGUAUUGACAGAUUAAAUUAUAUCCCUGAGUAAGUAGAUGUACUCAUAAAAAGAUGCUGCCCAGUUUACUUCUGCCUUCUGAAAGAUAACAGUUUUGAGUAAUUCUUCCUUUUGUACAUAUUGUAAGGGGUAAUAUGUUUAGCACCAUUCCUCAUUCAUUAAGUGAGGGGUUUUGUAAAUGAAUUUUGGACUGCAGAUUUGUGCCUGUGGUCCUAAAACUUUUGCCAGUGAAGUGGUGUGAUUUGUGUUUGCACAGAUGCUUUUAGGGCCACAUGAAGGCCCAUGCUGGGAUUUUUAAGGCAACCUUUCAUCUUUCUCAAAAAUUAUUUUGGCUGCUAAAUUAAAAAUUAAGCCAGAGUGAUUUAGAUGUAAAUGGAUUUAUUCCCAUUGGUUGCAAUGGGCCCAAAUGUUAAAUCGGCAUUUCCUGCUUUGCUUGGGUUGCAGAUCAAAUCCUAGGUUAUGGUAUUUUUGUAGUUUUCCAUAAUUGCAUCAGUAGGGCAGGGCUCUAAUCCUAUUGAUAUAGAGAAAUAACAUUUUACAAAGAGAUGCGGAAGGAUAUGAGCAUAUGCAUGCAUAUAAAUAAGGCCUUCUGUGUCAAUAGCAUGUACUGCAAUCCUCCUAGAAACUGUAUGUUGGGAUUGACUCAAUCCCGACACUCUGUGGCAAUUCAGCAUUUUAAAAAACCAGCAAGAUAUUAAAAUUCCAGAAAUCUGGUCUUGAGCUCUUCAAGAAGUAAAGAUAAUUUGAUUUUUUUCUUAACACAAUUUCUUGUUUUCUGAGAGGGAUGACAGUUUUAUUAUAUGCACCCAUAAAUUCAAGGAAGACCUGGGAGAUUGCUAGUGUUGAGAAGCAAGGGCUGAACUUCUGUUAUUCAGAAAAUGCUCUAUAAGGAGAGCAGCUGCCAUACUUGUUUAAAUGCAUGUCCUGUUCACUUGUAAAGCAGGAUGGACGAGUAGGGUUCUAAUCUUAACAUGGAAAGGAGCAUUCUGAUGAGUGGGCUGGAACCCCUCCCCUCAUUCGCUUCCUGUGGUCUGUCACCGAACACCUUCCUCCCCGUCUGACAUUGGAAGUGAGCCAGGUUGGAAGGAAGGAACUGUAGAGCAGUGGGUUGUAGAGAGGUCAGGUGAGGUGGGGUUGAGCCACCCCCUCUGUUGCAUACCUUUUUCUGAGAAAGUUGGGAUUCCCAGGUUCCACUUCUCAUUAUAUGUGGCGUGUAAAGAAAUAGAAAUGGCUUCCACUGCCUAGUCUUGUUUGACCCAAAGAGGAAAACAUGAUAAAUCGACAUUAAUGGAUGAUCUCAUUUGAAAAUGUGUCUUUUAAAACAUUUGUUCCCUUUUCUACUUGAUCAUUCUAUUUUCAAACAGUGGAAUAGCUUUUUGCACGUAGUAAAAGCUUACAGAAGUUGUCUUUUUUUUUUUUACAGCAAGCAUACCUUUAAAAAUGCAUUGUAUUUCAAAAUUAAAUACAGGGUGUACCCAGGUCAGUUUUGGGUUCUUUGACAUAUGAUAGGGAAAGGUGGGUUACAUAUUUAGAGUAGAAUGCACUGUGGAUCAGUGCUUUAUUUGUACAUAAAAGGGAAAACAUUUUCUUUUGGAGCAGCUUGCAUUUUGAAAACAACAUUUCAGUGCACUGUGUAUCUGUCCUUUUUCAUUUUAAAGAUUAUAUUUUUGAGCAAUGGAAACUGUACCUGUUGUUGCUACAGUUACUGGAAAUUACUUAGAAAUAGAAAUGUUAUUCUGACUUUGUCAUUUGACGUUGGACUGUCAUGUUCUGCUUAAAUAUGUGUCGUGUAGCUCAUUUCCCCCAUAAUGACCUCAUAUAUGCAUUUAUUUAAACAGAUUGUAAUACCUAGUACAGUCUCUCUUCUCUCUUCCCUACCACUUUUGAUUGAAUUUUCUUCCUUGCAAGCAGUUAAAUAAUUGAUAUAACCAUGUACAUUUACAAAAUCAUUUGCUGGGAUUUGUUCAGAAUACUGAAAGGAACCAAGGUGCUAAACACUUCUGUUGACUUGUGUUGGUUCUUUUCAGUACGUCAAUUCACAUAUUGUCCUUCAAACUUAGUAAGUUUGUGCCUUUUUUAGGAUAUUUAUUUGGAAGGAACUUAUUGUUUGUAGGGUGACUUUUAAAAAAAAAUUCUUAUGUACUUCUUCUCAGAGCUGGGCAGUAUUGAAAACACUUGUGUUUGAAGUUUAGAUGUCAAACACAAUUUAAAUUGCAUUGUGUGUCUGAAAUAAUUAUAUAGAAAAUGUAUUAUUUUGUAUUGGAAUGGCUCCACCCUCCCCUCCAGAUGUAUUUGGUAUUUUUGUAUUUUGUCUACAACUAAUACCAUCUUGAUGAUGGGAGACCAGCUACCGAAUAUGUCUGAGACUGAGCAAGCAGAAAUCCCGGCAUGCUGUGCGCUCACAAAACUCACAGUACUGAGUCUUGUGAGCCAAGCUCCCUUUUGCAAAAAAGGAAAGGUUGCAGUUCAGCGUACGUACUUUCUCUUCGCUAACUUUGUACAUGGAAGGUGCUGUGGGUCCAGCAUGGCUGCCCUACGGAAACAAGUCCCUGCCAUAAUCAGCAUUCCCUAGGCCCAGAGAGCUGGUGAGAGAAAAAGGAGUCCAGAAGAUGAUCAGUUGAAUGCAAAACACUGAUUUAGAUAAGGCACAUACCCACAUUAGACAGAGAGCUUUUACCUUGCACCAAUUAGCAUUCAGUCUACAUAGCUGCGGGCGGGCGGGCGGGCAGGGAGACAGUAUUGAUGUGAAGUUUAAUCUAAUGGGGUCCUUCCACUCCACUGAAGUAUUUACUAAUAUUUACUCCUCCUCUGGAGGUUUUUUUAAGCAGAAGCUAGAUAGCCAUCUGUGAACCUUGGCAGAUCAUGAGAGGGAGGGCAGGAAGGGUUACACCAGUGCUUAGUUCUCAUGGACCCUUCUUACAUGCCCAGGGUAAGGCUGAUAGCCACCUUGGGGUCAGGUAGCAGUUUUCCCCAGGCCAGUUUGGCUAGAGAUCCUGACGGUGUUUUGCCAUCUUCUGGGCAUGGAGUAAGGAUUACUGGGGGUGUGUGUGUGGGGGGGGGAGGUAUUUGUGAUUUUCCUGCAUUGUGCAGGGGGUUGGACUAGAUGACCCUUGAGGUACUUUCCAACCUUGUGAUUCUAUGAUUCCCCACAGAUUCCAAAUCGGAAGGUUUCUAGCCAUAGCACCUUAAAACAUGUGCAAUGCAUAGAAGCUGCUCUUGGGGGACUGGCUGUGAGACUUGCAUCAUUUUGAGUUCACUUUUCAUCUAAGUGAAGCCUUUUUGCUACCUGCAUCUAAACUGUUAGCUGUCAUUGCAUGCUGCUACAGAGUCCCCACCCCCUGCUAAUAUAAACAAGAGCAAAACGUCUUCUGAUACAGACUUCCUCAUUAGCUGCACUAAAAUGUUGAGGCCAGUAUUAGCUGCCAAAAACAGAGCUGUUACUUUGCUUCAGUGAAAAACUGCCACAUUUUAGAACAUCAUCUGAAGGAUCGCUGGUAGCCAAUAAGUUGUUCAGCCAAUAAAACACAAAAGUUAUGCUCAGCUGACCUGCAGAAAAGUCCUCUUUACAUGCUGCUGUGAUUAGGCACCAAAAAAGUGAAAUUUUGGGUACUGUUGCUUUAAAUAACGAGAUUCAGUUUGUCAGGAUUGAUUCCGUAAAUUUCCCCAUAAUUGGUAUUUUUAAAUAAAGAAAUAAGGCGCACACAAAAUCCAUAUCCAACUAUGAAAAAAUACGACUGUGUUUACUCAUCGUCCAAGUGUUAAUAAGAGAGACAUUUUUCAAUGAAUGUAUUUAGUAUUUUGUUUUGGAAAUACAUUAUGGAUUUCUGUAGAUACUUUUUGUAUUUCGUUAUGUGAAAUGCUUCUCAGUUAAAAGUUUUUAUUUCAUAUUUGAAAUAGUUUAAUGGCUUAAUGGAGUUUUUUGUAUUCUUAUUUGAACUACUCAAAAAUAUGUUUUGCCCAGCUCUGCUUGUUCUCUUUUAGGAUAAUUUCUAUGUACUUUCCCUUCGAACAAGUUGCAGAAUGUGAACAUAAUUCAUCAGCCAUCAAAAAGGAUGUUUUCAGCCACUGUGCCGUGCCCUCCACCCCCCCCCCCCCAAUACUUACUUUUGCUGAAGCACAGGAUUUUCUGUGUUGACAUUUAAUGAUUCUGGCACUUGGUAGCUUGACAGUAUACAAAACAGAGCAGAGGUUGAGACUGUUGCUUAGAGUCCUCCAUUUUGUUAAUGAAACAAGUUUUGGAAAAUAAACUUUGGCACAAAGUG